CUGGUAACCUGCACACUGGGGCCGCAGACUGAUUGGAGAGAGGAGCACACUGAUCUGGGAGGUUGGAGCGCGGCGGAGGAAAAUAAGAGCUGCAUUGAAUCCGACUUCUCCGUCUCUGGUGACAUACUCUUUUGCACAAGGAGCACCUGUACCCACAUUCUGCAACAGCCGAGAGGGUCGCAUUAAACAGUAAUAUGUCCGGCAGCACCAUAGCCAGGGUGCUGGUUGCGCUCUGUAUCGGGAGCGUGGUGAACUGCAUGCCCAAAGUGAGACACAGGAGUCGGCGACAACCGCAGCAGCAUCAGGUCUCCUCCGUCUCUCAGGAUGGUUGUAUAGAGAGUGGCCAGUUCUACGGCAUUAAUGACCAGUGGGAGCGGCCAUAUUUGGGCAGCACUCUGGUCUGUACCUGCCAUGGAGUCGCUGGCAUCAAGUGUAAAAGCAAACCUGAAGCAGAGGAAAGGUGCUACGAUAAGAUCAACCAGCAGUCCUACACAGUGGGAGAAACCUAUGAGAGACCCAAGGAUGGCAUGAUCUGGGACUGUACCUGUAUUGGAUCGGGGAGGGGCAAGAUCAGCUGCACCAUUGCCAACCGCUGCCAUGAGGGUGGGGCUUCAUAUAAGAUAGGUGACACCUGGAGGAGACCCCAUGAGACAGGAGGAUACAUGUUGGAGUGUGUCUGUCUGGGUAAUGGCAAGGGAGAAUGGACCUGCAAACCUGUCGCUGAGCGUUGCUAUGACAACUCAGCGGGAACAUCCUAUGUUGUCGGGGAGACAUGGGAGAAGCCAUACCAGGGAUGGAUGGUGGUGGACUGCACCUGUCUGGGAGAGGGAAGUGGACGCAUCACAUGCACGUCCAGAAAUCGCUGUAACGACCAGGAUACUCUGACCUCCUACCGUAUUGGAGAUACCUGGACCAAGUCAGAUGUCCACGGCCACUUGCUCCAGUGUCUGUGCACAGGGAACGGCAGAGGGGAAUGGAAGUGUGAGCGACAUGCUUCACUUCACACCACCGGCCUGGGCACUGGGUCUCGUGUGGUCACUAACAUCCAGCCUGCAGUCUACCAGCCUGCCUCUGUGCCUGUGCUUCCUCAGGAGGGACCCUGUCGGUCAGAUUCAGGACUUUCAUACUUCAUCGGCCAGCGCUGGAUGAAGAAUCAGGGAACCAAGCAGAUGAUCUGUACCUGUCUUGGCAGUGGAAUCAGCUGUGAACAGUGGGACGGACCAGCCCCAGUUUACGGUGGCAACUCUGGAGGUCAGCCCUGCGUGUUCCCCUUUGUCUACAAGGGGAAGACCUACCACUCUUGUAUCUCUGAUGGACGCAGCGAUGGACAGCUCUGGUGUUCCACCUCCUCUGACUUUGACAAGGACCAGAAGUAUUCUUUCUGUACAGAGAGGAACGUGAUUGUGGCAACACGAGGCGGUAAUUCUAAUGGUGCUCUGUGCCAGUUCCCCUACCUCUACAAUGGCAGAAACUACACCGACUGUACUGCAGAUGGACGAAGAGACGGCAUGAAGUGGUGUGGCACCACAACAGACUAUGAUGGAGAACAGCGUUUCGGGUUCUGUCCCAUGGCUGCCCAUGAAGAAGUGUGCACAGCCAGUGAAGGGGUGAUGUACCGCGUGGGAGACCAGUGGGACAAACGGCACGAUGUUCUGGGUCACAUGAUGAGAUGUACCUGCGUUGGCAAUGGCAGAGGAGAAUGGAGUUGUGUUGCGUACUCCCAGCUUAAAGAUCAGUGUAUUGUGGAUGGUCUGACCUAUGAGGUGAACCAAACCUUCACCAAGCAACACGACGAGGGCUACACCAUGAACUGCACCUGCUUUGGACAGGGACGUGGUCGCUGGAAGUGUGAUGCCAUUGAUCAGUGCCAGGAGCCUGAGACGAGAGUCUUCUAUCAGAUCGGAGAGUCUUGGGAUAAAGUCAUCCAAGGAGUCUUGUACAAGUGCUAUUGCUACGGCAACGGCAUUGGAGAGCUCAGCUGCGAGCCUCAGCAGUCCUACCCUGGUGGCAAUCGUCCAGUCCAGGUCAUUAUAACUGAAACUGGAAACCAACCCAACUCCCACCCCAUUCAGUGGAAUGCCCCAUCGUCUGCUCACAUCACCCAGUACAUCCUCAAAUGGAAAGUGAAAAACUCUCAGAACCCGUGGACAGAGGUGAUGAUCCCUGGCCAUCUGAACUCCUACACCAUCUCUGGUCUGAAGCCAGGCAUCACCUACGAGGGUCAGCUAAUCAGCGUGUUGCGGUUUGGAGCCCAAGAAGUCACGCGCUUUGACUUCUCCACCAAUUAUGGAUCACUUGCGACAUCACAUGGCGAGACCACCCAGCCUCCGCCUGUGGUUGACAUCUCAGAGUCGGUGACCGAAAUUACCUCCAGCAGCUUUGUCAUCUCCUGGGUUUCCGCCUCUGACACAGUUUCUGGUUUCAGAGUAGAGUAUGAGCUCAGUGAGCAGGGACAGGGAACUGGACAACCCCUGGUGCUAGACUUGCCCCAUACAGCUACCUCAGUGAACAUUAAUGAGCUUCUACCUGGAAGGAAGUACACUAUCAACGUCUAUGAGGUUACAGACUCCGGAGAGGACAACCUCAUUCUCACUACUUCACAAACCACUGCACCUGAUGCUCCUGCUGAGCAUGAAGUGGAGGAGGUGGGAGAGACUUCCAUACAGAUCAGCUGGGAAAAACCACUGGCUCCCAUCACUGGCUAUCGUGUCGUUUACACACCAUCAGUAGAAGGUGAAAGCACGGAGCUGACUCUCCCCGACACGGCAACAUCUGUGACUCUGAGUGACCUUAAACCCGGGAAGUUGUACAACAUCAGUAUCUACUCUGUGGAGGACAGCCUGGAGAGUGAGCCUAUCUUUGUUCAGGUCAACACCGCUGGAGAUCCACUGCCAGAAGAAGUUUCCUCUCCCACAGACCUUCAGUUCUUCGAGGUGUCAGAUAAAAAAAUUGUUCUGACUUGGACCGGCCCAGCCACCGGUGUCUCAGGUUACCGUGUCACCGCCAUGCCCGUCGAUGAGUCUGGAUCUGCGCAGAGGGAAAUGACUCUGCCUGUUAGUCAAAACUCCUACAUUGAAGUGUCACAUCUGCAGCCUGGAACACUGUACCGCUUCAACAUCUACACCAUUCACAAUGGAGAGGAAAGUUUACCACUUAUUGGGGAGCAAACUACAAAGCCUGAUGCUCCCACAGAUAUCCAUUUUGCCAAUAUCACAGAAGACAGUGCUGUGAUGUUGUGGUAUGCCCCCCGCGCCAAAAUCAGCGGCUACCGUCUCUUCCUGACCGUGGAGGGCUCUAACCCCAAGCAGCUGCGCCUGCCUGCCCGCCUUACUCAGUACACCAUCCUCAACCUGAGGCCUGAUACAAAGUACACUGCUACGUUACAUUCAGAGCAGGAGAACUCUCUGAGUGUGGGAGAGACGGCUGAAUUUACCACUAACCCCCCAAUGGGUAACGCUCCUCAUUUCAGCACUGAUGUGACGGACACCUCCAUUAUAAUCUCCUGGACUCCAGUUCCACGUGUUGGAUACAAGCUGACAGUACGUCCCAGUCAGGGCGGAGAGGCCCCCAGAGACGUGACCUCUGACUCAGGAAGCAUUUACAUUUCUGGUCUGACUCCGGGAGUGGAGUACACCUACAGCGUUCAGCCAGUUAUAAACGGCUAUGAGCAGGGAACCCCAGUCACACGCCGGGUUGUCACACCUCUGUCUCCACCUACUGACCUCAACCUUGAGUCUAACCCAAGCACUGGAGAGCUCACAGUCCAGUGGAACGGGGCCAGUACACCAGGUACACACAUACCGACAUUCCCAGACAUCACCGGCUACAGAGUGACAUGCACUCCCACCAACGGUCAACAAGGAAACAGUUUGGAGGAGUUUGUGGAGGCAGGGCAGAACUCCUGCACCCUGGAGAAUCUCAGCCCAGGAGUGGAAUACAACAUCAGCGUUGUUACCGUUAAGGACGACAUGGAGAGCACUCCUGUAUCAACUACCAUUACACCAGAAGUCCCACAGCUGACCGACCUCACCUUCAAGGACGUGAGCGACACCACCAUCAGUCUCAGCUGGUCACCGCUCAACACCACAGCCAUCACUGGUUACAGGAUCACAGUGGUUGCAGCCGGCGAGAGUGUACCCAUCUUCGAAGACUUCGUUCUACCAACCACCGGUCAAUAUACUGUUUAUGGACUGGAGCCUGGUAUUGACUAUGACAUUAGUGUGAUCACUGUGACGGAGAAUGGCGAGAGCGAGCCCACCACAGUCACUCAGCAUACCUCUGUACCAGCACCCACUGAUUUGGGCUUUGGCCAGGUUGGGCCAGACAGUAUGGAAGUCACCUGGGUCGCUCCUCAUGUCCCCAACCCCGCUGACAUAAACAGCUUCCUCAUCAGGUAUCAUCCCAUUGACGAUGAAGAUGACAAUACUGAAACCAGCGCAGGAGGCAGGAGUAACAGCGUGGUGCUAAGGAACCUGCUGCCUAACACUGAGUAUCUGGUGAGCGUGGUGUGUGUGUAUGAGCAGAGAGAGAGCUCACCCGUCGUUGGCACCCAGAAAACAGCUCUGGAUUCACCAGUUGGCCUGCGUUUCUCUGAGAUCUACACCAACUCCUUCACCAUCCACUGGCUCGCUCCCCAGAGCAAAAUCACUGGUUACCGUAUCCGUUACCAGAUGGCCAGCGGCGGGAGGACCAAGGACGAGAGGCUGCCCCCAUCCAGGAACCACUUUACCCUGACAGGACUCACCGCAGACACAGAGUACUUAGUCAACAUCUUUGCAGUCAGCGGGACCCAGGAGAGCCAGCCGCUCAGUGGGAAACAAAAGACAAUCUCUGAUGCUCCCACAGACCUGGAGGUGCUCAACUCAUCUCCCACCAGCAUUACUGUCCGAUGGGACGCCCCACCUGUCACUGUGCGCUACUACAGGAUCACUCACGGAGAGAGUGGAGGUCACAGUAAUCCUAAGGAGUUCACAGUGCCUGGCUCUCAGUCCACUGCUACAAUCAAUAACCUGAAGCCCGGUACUGACUACACCAUCACUGUCUACGCUGUGACUGGCAGAGGAGACAGCCCUGCUUCCAGCACUCCAAUCUACGUCAUGCACAAGACAGGUGUUGACUCUCCCUCUGAUAUGGAGGUGAUGGAUGUGAAGGACAACAGUGUCACAGUGAGGUGGAGCCCUGCCCAGGGCCCAAUCAAGGGAUACAGGGUGACUGGGGUCCCCAGAGAUGGACAGGGACCAUCUUUCACUGAGGUGGUUGCUCCAGACCAGACGGAGAUUACUUUCUCAGGACUUAUGCCCACAGUAGAGUAUGUUUUGAGUGUGUACGCCCUUGGACAAGAUGGAGAGAGCUCUCCAAUGGUGGUGAAUGCUUUAACAAAUGUAGAUCGUCCCAAGGACCUGACCUUCUCAGAUAUCGACUCCACCUCAUUGAGGAUCACCUGGGACAGUCCCGAGGGAAUAGUCACAUCUUACCGGGUCUUGUAUUCAAGUUCAGAGGAGGGUGAGAGAGAGCUGCGCCCUGCUCCCAGAGGAGAUGCUGAGUCUGCUGUUAUCUAUGGUCUGCAACCCGGUACUGAAUACACUGUAAAGGUCAUCGCUCUGCAUGACGACACAGCCAGCACACCACUGACCGGGACACAGGCUACAGCCAUCUCAUCACCAACCAACCUCCAGUUCUCCCAGGUUAGCCCUACCUCCUUCACUAUGCACUGGGAUGUGCCGGGUCAGGAAAACCGACUAAAUGGCCAAACAGGCCUCACAGGCUACCGUGUGGUGGUGAACCCAAAGAACAAGAGCGGCCCUACCAAGGAGAUCAACUUGGCCCCAGACACCACACAGACACACAUCCCUGGACUCAUGGUUGCAACUACCUAUGAAGUCCAUGUUUACGCCUUGAAAAACUCUCUGACCAGCAGGCCAGUCCAAGGAGAGGUCACCACUCUGGAGAACAUCAGCCCCCCUCGUCGUGUACGCAUCUCUGAUGUUAACGACUCCUCCAUCACCCUGACCUGGCGCUCCAAGACAGAAACCAUCUCUGGCUUCCUGGUUGAGGCCACACCAACCACCUCCUCUACAGGCUACAUCCCCAUUCAGAGGACCAUUGGCCCUGACCUGCGUUCAUUCACCAUCACAGGUCUGGAGCCAGGCACCACUUACAAGAUCAACAUCUAUACACUGAAAGGCAAUGGGCGCAGCGCACCUCUCACACUCACUGCCAGCACAGCCAAACCAGUGGUCAUCCCACCCACGAAUAUCCGCUUCACCUCCCUGAACCCAACCAGCAUCUCUUUCACCUGGGAGCCAUCACGCAGUCCAGGGGUCACUGGGUAUUAUGUAACCUAUGAGGAGGCUGGUGGUUUGCCUCGAGAGGUUAUCCCCAGACCCCAUGCAGGCCAGAGCUACACCAUCAUCAAUGGUCUGAAACCAGGAACAGAGUACGUCAUUAAGAUUGUCGCGCUGCAGAAUGCUUUGAGAAGCACACCUCUAGUGGGCAAAGCCAGAACACAGCCAGUUACAAAUGAUCAGCUAUUGGUCCCCGAGCUGCCACAGCUUCCUGUUCCUCACAGACCCACCACUGACAUCCUGGAUGUUCCAGAGUCCUUCAAUGACAAGAUUUUUGACACCAACCAUGUUCACUUGGCUGGAACUAGUGGCCAGAACCAACCAGGCCAGCAGGGCCAGCACAUCUACACUGAGUACCAGAGCCUAGGCCCCAAUCAUGGACUUCAUGGCCCCUUCAGUGGACCCAGAGAAGGCCAGAGACCAACUCUCAGAGAACCCCUGAUCUAUAUUCCUGUAGCUGGCCCUGAUGGACACAGAAUCCCCUUGGUCAAGGUGAGCGAUGGUCCCCUGCCAGGUCUUGCAUUCGGCUUCCCUGACAAUGAAACAGACUUGCCCCAAGAAGCACAGACAGUCACAACCAUCUCCUGGUCUGGCGUUCCUCACACUUCAGAGUAUGAGGUGUCCUGUAAUCCUAUUACACACGUGGAGGAAGGCGGCUUUCAGAUGCGUCUUCCUGGCACCUCCAACAGUGCCACACUGAUUGGACUGACAUCUGGAGCCUCCUAUAACGUCGUAGUAGAGGCCAUGAGGGGCGAGGCUAAAGAGAAGGUUUUGGAGGAAGUCGUGACCGUCGGCAAUGCUGUUCCAGGUGACAUCCCCAUCUCCACCAACCGGGACGUGUGCUACGACACGUUCACACAGACCUACCAGGAGGUGGGCUCAGAGUGGGAGCGCAUGUCUGAGACGGGCUUUAAGCUGUGGUGCCGCUGCCUGGGGCUGGGCAGUGGCCAUUUUAGGUGUGAUUCAUCCAAGUGGUGUCAUGACAACAAUAAUAACUACCGCAUUGGCGAGAAGUGGGAUCGCCAGGCUGAGAAUGGUCACAUGAUGAGCUGCACUUGCCUGGGCAAUGGCAAGGGAGAAUUCAAAUGUGAACCCCAUGAGUCGACAUGUUAUGACAAUGGGAAAAUGUACCAGGUGGGAAACCAGUGGCAGAAGGAAUAUCAAGGCGCCAUCUGUACCUGUACCUGCUAUGGAGGACAACAGGGCUGGCGUUGUGAGAACUGCAGAAGGCCGGGAGGACACACCGAUGUGGAAGCUGACCUCCUUCAACCUGUUCAUUCAGAUGUCUUCGACCGGUACAGAGAAAACGCUCUACGCAAACUGAACAUCCAGUGUCCGAUUGAAUGUUUGAGGCCGGAGCUGCUUGCAGACGCUCAGAACCCUUCAGAUUAAAGGAGAGGGGAGUUUAAGUUAAAGGAGGAUGAAGAAGCGAGACCCCUUACAGCGUUGCUACCACUGCAAGAAGGAAGCCUCCUCCUGGUUUUAUUAAGAGAAGACAUUUCCAUCAGACCUGUGCCUUAAAGGUUUUCCCCUCACCAAAUUUAAGUGCCUUAACAAGACUUUUUUUACACCAAACUCUGUGCCUUUUCAAAGAUCUGUCCAACUUUUCACGUUGGUUGUGAUCCUUUCUUCUUGAGUAGAAACGAGGGUUUCUUCAUCCAAUGAUUUUUGAGCACAAAUCCUGCUGCUUUAUCACCUCAAACCUGCCUACCCCCAAACAUACUGUUCACACACACACACACACACACACACACACACACACACACACACACACACAC